CUUAUACCGGGGUGGGUCCUCCAGAGAGCCCCAAGAUUCCUUGCCGUCCUGCCGCGGUCGCCAGAUAAUUGUAGUGGAAAACCACAAUACUUACAUCAGAAGACAAGACCACGAAGGGCUGGAGAAAACAGCAGGUGGCACUGGGAAAAGUGGACAGAGAUCCAGUUGUUAGAUACUUCAAUAGGAGGUCCCCUCAGAGGAACCAGGAGAGACUCUUCAAGUGCUCUGAGUGCGGGAUAUCCUUUGCUCACAAAUCCCUCCUUUUGAUUAACCGGAAGCUGGACAUGAGGAAUGGAUCCCAUCUGUAUUUGAAGUGUGCAAACUCGUUUCGUGGUUGUGAAGCUUUGCCAAGCAUCUCCAGAGCCACCCCAGACUGAAGCCCUACAAAUGUGGAGAGUGUGGGAAGCAUUUUGCUAAAGGCUGGGACAUCAGAGCUCCUUAGUGUAUCCACCAGGGAAAGAGACCUCAGGAAGGCCUCAGUGUUUUUCCAGGCCUUAGAACAGCCCAACUGAAGAGAAACCCUGCAAUUGUGUGCAAUGUGGGCUUUGCUUUUCUCAAAACUCAGAGAUGUUUAAACAUCAACAAAUCCACACUGGACAAAAACCUUAUCAACGUCUGGAAUGUGGGAAAUCUUUUGUUCGAAAAAGAAGUGUCAAGAUCCAGAGGAAAAUUCACAUGGAAAUAAAACCUUAUAAAUGCUUAGAGUGUGGGAAAUGUUUCACUCGGAGUUCGUCUCUUUGCAAUCAUAAUAAAACACACACAGAGGAGGAAAGCAGAACGUGCCUAGAAUGUGGGAAAUGUUUUUCCCGCAAAUCAUCCCUGCAGCGACAUCAGCGAAUCCACACUGGGGAAAGACCCCAUGAAUGCCCAGAAUGUGAGAAACGAUUUGGGAGUUCUUCCACACUUCGGAGACACGAAAAGACGCACACGGGAGAAAAACUCUAUAAAUGUAACGAUUGUGAGAAAUGUUUUUCUCAAAAGGGACAUCUUUUUCGACAUCAGAUCAUCCACACAGGGGAGAAACCCUAUCAGUGCAUCGAGUGUGGGAAGUUUUUUUAUAUGAUAGCAACCCUCAGACAUCAUGAGAAAAUUCACAGAGGGGAAAAAAAAUUCAAAUGUUUAGACUGUGGUAGAGCAUUUAUUUGUUCAUCUUAUCUUAGACGUCACUGGCAAGUCCAUAUAGGAGAGAAGCCCCGUAAAGGCUCAGUGUGUGAGAAAUCUUUCAUUCAGAAAGGCAGACUUUUGAUACAUCAGAGAACCCACAGUGGAGAGAAACCACAUAAAUGUCCAGAGUGUGGGAGAUGUUUCUCCCAAAGAACACACCUAAUUCGACAUGAGAGACUUCACACCGGAGACAGGCCCUAUCAAUGCCCAGAAUGUGACAAGCGAUUUGUGGAGUCUGCUGAACUCCGGAGACACCAGAGGGGGCACACAGGAGAGAAGCCCUACAAAUGUGGAGAGUGUGCGAAAUGUUUUGUCACAGCAACACUGCUUCGGGUUCAUGAGAGAAUCCACACAGGAGAGAAGCCCUAUAAAUGUGGGGAGUGUGGGAAAAGUUUUCCCAGAGCAACACUGCUUCGGGUUCAUGAGAGAAUCCACACAGGGGAGAAGCCCUAUAAAUGUGGGGAGUGUGAGAAAUGUUUUUUCACAGCAAGAUUGCUUCGGGUUCAUGAGAGAAUCCACACAGGGGAGAAGCCGUAUAAAUGUUUGGAGUGUGGCAAAUGCUUUUCCCGGAAAGAACACCUUGGACGUCAUGAAAAGAUCCAUCAAAGAAUGAAAACAUCAACAAAUCCACAUUGGACAAAAACCUUAUCAAUGUCUUUUGUUCGAAAAACAAGUCCCAAAAUCCACGGGAAAAUUCACAUGGAAAUAAAAACAUAUAAAUGCUUAGACUGUGGAGAAUGUUUUACUCGGAGUUCAUCUCUUUGCAAACAUACUAAAACACACAAACAAGAGGAAAGCAGAACGUGCCUAGAAUGUGGGAAAUGUUUUUCCAGCAAAUCAGCCCUGCGGCGACAUCAGAAAAUCCACACUGGAGAAAAACCUUAUCAAUGUCUGGAGUGUGGGAAAUGUUUUUCCAUCAAACCAGCCCUGCAGCAACAUCAGACAGUCCAUACUGGGGAGAGACCCCAUGAAUGCCCUGAAUGUGAGAAACGAUUUGGGAGUUCUUCCAGACUUCGGAGUCACCAAAAGACACACACGAGAGAAAAACUCUAUAAAUGUAACGAUUGUGAGAAAUGUUUUGCUCUAAAGAGAAAUCUUUUUCGACAUCAGAUAAUCCACACAGGGGAGAAACCCUACCAGUGCAUCGAGUGUGGAAAAUUUUUUCGGACGAUAUCGCACCUCGGAUAUCAUAAGAAAAUUCACAGAGGAGAAAAAAAAUACAAAUGUUUAGACUGUGGAAAAGCAUUUAUUCAUUCAAAUCAUCUUAGAAGUCACUGGCAAGUCCAUACAGCAGAGAAGCCCCAUAAAUGCUCAGUGUGUGAGAAAUCAUUCAUUCGGAAAGACAGACUUUUGAUACAUCAGAGGACCCACAGUGGAGAGAAACCGCAUAAAUGUCCGGAGUGUGGGAGAUGUUUCUCCAUGAGGUCACACCUAACUCGACAUGAGCGACUUCACACCGGAGACAGGCCCUAUCAAUGCCCAGAAUGCGACAAGCGAUUUGUGGAGUCUUCUGAACUCCGGAGACACCAGAGGGGGCACACAGGAGAGAAGCCCUAUAAAUGUGGGGAGUGUGCGAAAUGUUUUGUCACAGCAACACUGCUUCGGGUUCAUGAGAGAAUCCACACAGGGGAGAAGCCCUAUAAGUGUGGGGAGUGUGCGAAAUGUUUUUUCACAGCAACACUGCUUCGGGUUCAUGAGAGAAUCCACACAGGGGAGAAGCCGUAUAAAUGUUUGGAGUGUGGCAAAUGCUUUUCCCGGAAAGAACACCUUGGACGUCAUGAAAAAGUCCAUCAAAGAAUGAAGCCAUAAAGAUUCAUAAAGUAUAGAAAUUUUGUUUUGCUCAAAAGGGAGAUAUCAGAAAAGUGACAUGGGAAAAGGUCUAACAGGCCCUGAUGAUGGAACAGUUUUUCAUAGUUGUUCAACCCUUAGAAGUCAUGUAAGAGUUUCUAAAAAGAUGGGGGGGGGGUUAGAAACUCUUAGAUCCUGAGAGAGCAUUUUUUAUCAAUCAUCCCUUUAAAACCAUACUCUAAUCCAUAUAGUUAAGAUGCAGCAUAAAUGUUUGGAGUGUGAUGUAUGUUUAGCCUGAAAGAAUACUCUUUUUCAGCAUCAGUGAAUUCUUACUGAAGAGAAACUUUAUCAGGGCUUAGGGUGUGGGAAAGGUUUUUAUCUGACAAUCAGGCCUUCAGAUGCCUAUGAAAAUUCCACACAGGAGAAAAACCUUAACAAGCAUGUAGCGUGAGAAAACCUUUCCUUCCCAAUUGGAACAUUUUGCCUCCUGGAGUUUGUCCAUUUGAAAUUGCCUCCUUGGAAAUUUUCUUGCCAACUUAAAAACUUUAUAAUUUUUUUUUAAAAAAAUUAAUUUAAAACUUGGCCCCAGGGAAAGUCUCUCCGUUCCCCGGGUCCGACUUUCUUCUGUUUGUGGGCCCGUUUGGGCCGAAUGCGGCUUCAGAGAGGUGCCCACUGAAGGGCGAACCUUUGAGGACCGCCGGUCUGUUGAAGUCAAAGCAGGCCCUGGAAUCAGCAGAAGAAAGGCGGACCGCAUUCAUGCGAUCCGCCAUUAACAGCUGAUCGUCGGGGACGGAGAAGCAGGGCAGAUUGACAGCAAGCAGCUGAGCCGGGUGAGAAUACGCUCUUUCUUCUUGAUGAAGGUGGAUUUUUUUUUCUUAAAUAGCCUGCUUUUAGCCUGAGCAGGAAGCCUUUAGGGAGGGGGUGGAGUUUUUUCCUCCCUCCUGUAUACAAACGGCAGUUUAAGCUCUCAACACACUAAACUGUGUUCAGCAGGUCAGCGGUUCAAAUCUCACCGGCUCAAGGUUGACUCAGCCUUCCAUCCUUCCGGGGUAGGUAAAAUGAGGACCCAGAUUGUUGGGGGGCAAUGUAAAAUAUAUAUAUAUACAUUGCUUACUGGUGUACACCGCUUAGAGAGUACUUGCACUUAAAGCGGUAUAUAAGUCUCAUAAAUAAAUAAAUAAAGCUCUCUAAGUCUUAAUAGGAACCUGGGAAGCUUGCUUUUCAAGGACACCUUUUUUUCUUUCUGCUUUAAUUCGGAGAGCCAUUGUAAUCAUAUUUGUUACUUUCAAAACUCUAUGAGCUUUUUUUCCUUCACUCUGGACUGCCUUUUUUUUUUUUCUACCUAAGUGCUGGGAACACAUUGAAAACUUUUUUUCUCUC